AUGGGUAAAAGAGGUUUUGUGGGGUGUGUGUUCUCUAUGAUCUAUGGCUUCUUCGUCUUAAGCUUUGGUACCACCUCAAAGGCUCAAAUGGUUCCUGCUGUGUACGUGUUUGGAGACUCACUUGUGGACACCUACAUUGUGUACUUGGGAGGACACUCUCAUGGUCCUGACCCUUCUCCCACUGAUCUUCAAACAGCCACGGAUUCCCAUCAUGAUUUACUUGCUUCUGUCUUAGGAAGUCAUGAGAAGGUGAAGGAAUCAAUAAUGUACUCUUACAAUAAGCAUAUUAAUGGUUUUGCGGCCCUACUUGAAGAGGAAGAAGCAUUAGAGAUUGCAAAGAACCCAAACGUUGUUUCUGUUUUCUUGAGCAAAGAGCACAAAUUGCACACUACCAGGUCAUGGGAUUUUCUUGGACUGGAAAAAAAUGGAAAAAUCCGUGCAAACUCCGCUUGGACCAAAGCAAGAUUUGGAGAAAACACAAUCAUCGCUAAUAUUGAUUCAGGCGUUUGGCCCGAACACCCCAGUUUCCGAGACAAAGGAUAUGGACCCGUCCCAUCAAAGUGGCGUGGAAAUGGUGUUUGUGAGAUCCACACUUUUAAUACCACACAGAAGUAUUUCUGUAACAGAAAGUUGAUUGGAGCAAGAAUUUUCUUGAAGAAUCGGGAGGCGGAAGAUGGGGAGAUUGAGGCAAAGGUACGGAGCGCACGUGACUUCGUAGGGCAUGGCACCCACACUCUGUCAACCGCCGGUGGUAAUUUCGUCGGUGGUGCACAAGUGGAAGGUAACGGCAAAGGCACUGCUAAGGGAGGGUCCCCAAGAGCUCGCGUUGUGGCCUACAAAGCAUGCUGGAAUAAACUCGACGCAGGAGGGUGCCAUGAAGCAGACAUUCUACAAGCAUUUGAUCACGCCAUUCAUGAUGGCGUGGAUGUCAUCUCUGCCUCUGUGGGUUGGGUUCAUCCCUACAAGGAAUCUCUGUUUACCGACGGUAUUUCCAUCGGAUCUUUCCAUGCAGUCGCCAGAAAUAUACUCGUUGUUUGCUCCGCUGGCAAUAACGGCCCAUCACCUUCAACUGUCACAAAUGUUGCACCCUGGUCCUUCACCGUUGCUGCUAGCACCAUGGACAGAGAUUUUCUCAGCAACAUCUCUCUCGGCAACAAACAAAUUUUUCAAGGUGCCAGUCUUAAUCGAGGCUUGCCACCAUCCAAGCAAAAUUUCUAUUCCGUUAUUUUUUCUGCCGACGCCAGACUUUCUAAUGCCUCUAUUAAUGAUGCUCGUGUUUGCAAACCCGGAACACUCGAUCCUGCCAAAGUAAAGGGGAAAAUACUGGUCUGCCUUCGAAGUGAUAAAUUACAAUCUGUUAAGGAGGGCGAACAGGGUAAACUUGCCGGCGCUGUGGCAGUUUUUGUGCAAAAUGAUAAGCAAAGUGGAAAUUUACUUCUGGCCGAGAAUCAAGUUUUACCAGCUGCAAGUAUCAGUGGAACGGAUACUGAUUAUUUGAAUUCCAGUAGCAAGGCGGCGAUGACAGCUUUCUUGAGUGCUGCCAAAACAUAUCUAGGAGUAAAGCCAGCUCCAAUCAUUGCUGGAUUCUCAUCCAGAGGUCCCAAUGUCGUGCAGCCACUGAUACUAAAGCCUGACAUAACUGCUCCGGGUGUGGGUGUAAUUGCUGCUUUUUCACAAGCCGCGGGUCCUUCUAAUCUUGCAUCGGAUACACGUAGGACUCUUUUCAAUGUGCAACAGGGAACUUCUAUGUCUUGCCCUCAUGUUGCUGGCAUUGCAGGUCUUCUCAAAACAUAUCAUCCUACUUGGAGUCCAGCAGCUAUCAAAUCAGCUAUUAUGACUACUGCUACAACUCUAGAUAACACGAAUCGACCGAUUCGGAACGCAUUUGAUAAGGUAGCAACUCCAUUUGAAUACGGUGCCGGACACGUUCAGCCUAACCUUGCAAUUGACCCUGGUCUCGUUUAUGAUCUAAACACAACUGAUUACUUGAACUUCUUAUGUGCUUCUGGUUACAACCAAGCUCUACUCAAGCUUUUUGGCAAUUUGAAAAUCUCUUACACCUGUCCCAAGUCUUACAGAAUUGAAGAUUUCAACUACCCUUCGAUUACGGUGCAUCAUCCUGCGUCAAAGCCUAUAAAUGUUACUCGUGUUGUUACAAACGUUGGGCCUCCGGGCACAUAUGUUGUGAGUACUCAUGGGCCCAAGGGGAUUAAAGUUCUUGUUCAACCAAGUUCCUUGUCUUUUAAGAAAACUGGAGAAAAGAAGAGGUUUCAAGUUAUUCUGCAGGCAAUUUCAGUGCCCCGUGGGCUGCCUUUAUUUGGGAAUUUGUCUUGGACAGAUGGCAAACACAGAGUAACCAGUCCGAUCAUAGUGCUUUAA